AUGUAAAUAGAUGAUUUCAACUUAUAAUUACUCAAAAUAGUUAAGACCAAGUCAAACUUAACAGAAUUAAGCAUUAGCAAUGGAAUAAAUUUAAAUUCACUUGGACUAGCAAUUAACGCUAUUGACUCUAAUAUUGAAAUUAGUAGAAGUCAAUUUCAGGAUUUAAAAUCACUAGGAGGCUCCUCAAUAUUACAUAGAUCUUCUUUAGAUGAAAUGGUUGUUUACAAUUUAACUUUAAUUUAAAGCAAUUUUACUAGAGGGUUAGCUUUAGACAAAGGAGGACAUAUUUUGAUAGAUAACUCAAAUCUGUUUAUUAAUGAAUCACUUCUAGAAUAUGGCAAUAAUUUUACUGAAAAUGAAGCUGGAAAGUCAGGAGGGGGAAUAUUCUAUGAUUUAUAUAGACCUAUUAAUCUAGAAAAUAACCUCUACCUAAAUAAUAGCGCUUAAUAUGGUAAUGAUUUUGCUUCAUAUGGCUAUAAACUCAAAAUAUUGAACCAAGAUACUACUUUCUUAAGUCAAUUAAUUAGUGGUGGGUUGCUUAGCUCGAAAUCAUUACAAUUGGGAAUAUUUGACCAAGAUUAAUAACUGAUAAAUACAGAUAAUAAAAGUCAGCUAUUUUUAUCCUCAUAUAGUGAUGGUUUAUCAGUCAGUGGUAACACUUUAUUUGAAGCAGUAAAAGGCAUCUUUUAUGUUAAGGAUGUACUUCUAGUUGGAUAACCCUCCUCAAAAUUCUAAAUCAAAGCCUUAACUCCAAAUGGAAUUGAUGUAAAAAGCAUUAAGUAGUUUGAUUAGAAUUUUGAUUCAGCAUUAAUAAUAAGCUUGAGAUUCAGAGAAUGCUAUCCUGGAGAAGUGCUUAUUGAAAAUAAAUGCUUUUAAUGUAUUAAGGGAACUUAUUCUCUUUCAGUUGAAAAUUAAACUUGCAAACCAUGCCCAGUUCACAUCAAAUGUGAUGGAGGUAACCUGACAUUGGUUGAUAAUAAUUUUUGGAGAAGCAGUACCAAUACCAUCUAAGUAUAUCAAUGUCCUAAAGUUGAUGUUUGCUUGUAAUUUUUGAUCUAAAUUAUUUUUAAAGAGGAGGAUAAUAUUCAGAAUGUGAGAAAGGAUAUGAAGGAAAAUUGUGCACUGAAUGUUCUAAAGAUCUAAAUGGAGAAUAUUAUGCAAGAAGCGCUCACUCAUAAAAAAACCAAAGAGAAAUAAUCCUCAAACCCUUUUGUUGAGAAUCCUUACAAAUUACUUCCAGGUAUUAAUGAUGGUAAAAGAGUUCUAGUUAAACUGGCCUUAAAAAGUUUUAACUUUUCUAGAGUACUUUUCUACUGGUGGACAAGGUUUUUCGAAGAUCUUAUCAUUUGA